GGUACUCUUAUGGAUGUUGGGCGUGUCCGUGUGCGUGACGCGACUCAGACAGCAUUGCAUUCAUGGCAUCCAUCGAAUCUAUGUCUGUCUGCGUCAGUCAGUAUCCGGUAGGUAUCCAAUUAACAUGCACACACACACACACACACCUGCACCUGGACGGCUGGCUGGGAGCGUAGUAUGGAGGGGCUGUACACGCCGCACAUGCAGGCACAAACGUAUGCAGUCAGUGUGUUGUGUAUGAAGGCAUCCAUCCAUCCAGCCAGCCAUCCAUUCAGCACACAAAACAAAACCUACAGAGCCAAUGUGCGAUAAAUAACACAAACGGAGUGAGUGGAUAAGUGAGUGAGUACGCAUGUUAGGGUACGAUCCAAUGCGAUCGUCGCGUCGUCUGUCGGCAGCUAGCUGCCGUGACUGCUUCAGAAGUGCCCCCGUCACGCCUCUUCUCUGCAGCACGCUCUUUGCUCCAGAGAAGGACAUGACAGGAGUCCUGCUAAAGUUGCCACGGCAGCAAACAAUCACACGGCGUGUACACAAAGAUAUAAGCAGGCUCUCUCCACCUCAUCUCAUCUGAUCUCAUCUUAGCAACCGUGAUAUGCAACAACACCCCACCCCACCACCCCACCCCUCUCUCUGCCCUGCCCCCAUCCAUCACUGCCAAUACGAGGAGGAGGUCGGCCUGUCCUCCUCCCUCUCAGUGCCGCCCCUGAACCCCCCGAAGCUCUGGGAACUAAUGGGCGAACCCUCACCCAUUCCCAUGCCCAUGCCCAUCCCCAUGCCCAUCCCAGCCAUCGGCCGCGCAGCGUCGAACUGCCCCCGGUCAUACAGCUCUGUCUUUCGUCUGACGGGUUCGGUGACGUACUGCUCGUCUAGGUCCCCGAUGCGCUCGUAGGGCGCCAGGGCGUCGAUGCGGCCCCACACCGCAUCCUUGUCGUCAAUCCUGCACACAGGCACGGAGCGAGAGGUGGAUUACAUGCAAGUGUGUGAUUGGGUGUCUGUCUGUGUGGGUGCAGCGGAAGGUACCUGAGUACUGCGGUGAGGUGUACGGCGUAGAAUACGAUCAUGAGGAAGAAGAUGAAGAGAAUCACGUUGGCGACGAGGGCCACCCAGUACUCGAAAUAACACCUGACACACACACACACACACACACAGUGGAGCAGCGUGUUACAUGCAUAUGGCCCUUUCCUUUCUGCCAAGUGAGUGCAGUGCAUCGUGUGCUCUCUCCACCUCCCUCCCUCUCCGUCCGUCCCAUAUUCCGUCCCCACUGACUCACCAGAGCAGCAGCAGGUUGGAUGCGAAGAAGCAGAGCAGCCCCGAGAGGAAGAAGGCGAACACGAGCCCCUGCUCAGCCCGCAGGUUCUCCACCGCUAUGUGAACGCUCCUGGCGCCGUGCGGCCCCCUCAGUGCCAGCCCAGGUCCCCACAUGCAGCAGAAGGUCGUGUUGGUCACCACACACAACUCGAAGCCCAUCGCCACGGUGGUCGUGAGGAGGUAGAUGCACUCGAGCAGGAAGGGCGUCUCUUCGGGCACGGGGUUGGUGAUCUGCCCGAAGGCGAAGCCGGCGAGCAGGGACGCCUGUGAGGACAGCGUCCAGUAGUUGUUGGUGUACCCUGUGGGGCGCACACAACAGACAGACAGACAUACCCGACAGACAGACAGACAGACAGGGAUCUCCGUAGAUUCAUUCCCCCCCUUCCGUGAUCUCUUUUGGCGUUCGUUCUUACAGUCCAGCUCGAGUUUGCGGAUCUCCACCUGCUGCUUUGAUACAUCCGUCACCACCUGGUUCUUGUACAGCUGCAGCAUCCUGGCUCACCGACUCACCCACGCGCCGAUGCGACGCAAUGGCAGCGACAGCGGUUCACUCCAAGGGCGAAAGGCUUCACUCGCAGGGCGGCCGGCCUCACGACCCAAUUAGAUCUGGUUCGAUGUGGUGCGAGAUUAUGAUGCCGGACAAUCCGGCUUGUGUGCUGGUGUCCCAUCCUUACACUCCCGUUGCCAACACCACCAGCAUUGCAGAUCUAUGCUGCUUGAAGCAGUUGUGCAUACAGUGCAGUGCGCCCAUCUUAAGCUGCACUUGCGCGUUGGACAAUGUGCUUGAAUCAGAUCCGAUGGUGCUUUGUCCUGUCCAACCACUCCACUAGCUACUAUUGUCAACCCACACGCCUCGUGCAAAACGACGAGGGACCUCUCUGCUCUGUGUGAGGGUGACACCGCACUCCCAGACACCAGACAGUAGUUAGUAUACACCACACAUACUGACAGACAGACAUCAGACAUCCAUUUGGUUCACGUGCCUUGUGAGCGCUGAGUCCUCGCCGUCGGCUACACCAUCCCGCCGUCGAGACGAAGCCGACUCGACAACCGAUUGCAGCGCCGGCCGGCCAGGGACCACCGCUCACGCUGUCACGGAACGAAGGUGUGAAUGAAAUGAACGGACCAUACACAUCAAUCACGACAAGCGACCGACCUGGCGUAUCUGGCUGGCUUAUCCCUCGGUCGUGCGAGUCUGCUCAUGCUCCUACAUCUCUCGUUCGCCUCAUGAAGAACACCGCAGCAGCACCUCCACUGUCGGAGUGCUGCUCUGGUGUGCCCCGCGAAUACGAAAGAAGAGAUGCAACAGCGACGAGAAACCCGCAUUCACGUCAGAGAGUGCACCGCGACACACUUGCUUCAAACGCAACCACGAUAAGGCAUCCCAUCCAUCAAGCUAAGCUACCCAUCCACCGACCCACCCACCGCACGCGGCCACGCAGAGAAAACAUCAGACAGACAGACAGGGGAUGUUGGUUGUGUUGCGGCACGGCAGACAGGAUGGCGGCCGUGAGACCCACCAUCCCAUCUAUCCAUCCACACAGCAAAAGACUUCCCCGCUCACAGACAGCCAUCCGCCCAGCAAGCCACGCACACACGAUGAGAAUGCAACCAACAGGCAGGCAGGCAGGCAGGCAGACAGAGUGGACGCAAGCAUGCACUGGGAAGGGAUGCAGACACACACACAUGCAACGACUGCA